AUGACCAUUCGUCGAAAAUUUGUGCCAACCUCUACCAGUGGCUCUCGAAAACGAAAAUGGCGUGCCGAUUGUGAAAUGGAUGAGGAAGAAAAUCCAGUCGAGAAGAGGAGAGUUAGAUGGGAAGAGGAAGACUUAACUGAAGAAGCACCGGAAAGGAACACUAGUAUUGAUUCUGAAGAGUCCAGUGAUUCUGAGGUCGUGGAAAAGAUUUGCUUGACCGCUUGCUGUCAAAACCAACGUAUCGGUGCGGCAUACUACGACCCAAUCAAAUGCAUCGUGUACACUCUCCAUGAUACCGCAGAAUCGAGCCAUUUCGAUCUAACAAAUAUGAUCCUCGAGCAAGUGAAUCCUGAUGUCGUACUCGUCAGCUCCAGGUCGGACGAGAUUUUUAUCGACAUGAUACGCGACCGUAUGGAUGCUUCGAACGGUCUAUUUCAGAUCAGAUCACAAAAAGAUUUUUCUGCCUCAAAAGGACGCGACCGAUUACUUUCUCUGCCGUUACUUUCGGAUCUGCCCCAAGACGAGUUCAUGGCUCAUUCAUCCUCAGACAUUGAUUCUGGUAUGGCGGAGCGCAGGAAUGCGUACGAUUACAUGAGGAAGAGAAGCGAGAGUGUACACGAUCCCCUGACAAAGCGGUGGAACGCGUCCAUUCGUUUGGCAAACUCUAUCUCUGUGGAGACGUCUCCAUUUUGUGUGCGCCCUCUCAACGCCUAUCCCGUCAUUAUGUAUGGCUUACAUCGUGUGAAGAUGGCUUCCGUGGGGGCUUUGCUGGACCAUCUUGUCCGAGAGCGUGCAAUGAGCUUCGACGACGAAGGCAUUCACGGACUGGAUAUUCGUUCAAUUGAAACUCUGGCCCUAUCUGAAGUAAUGCAGCUCAAUGCCGAUGCUCUUUUCUCCUUGCAGAUAUUCGAAGACGAACGGCACGCAUCCAUACAUUCAGAGAAGACUAAGGAAGGCCUGUCACUUGCUGGAAUGCUUAAUACCACUAGCACUACCCUGGGCCGUUCGCUCAUGCGAAUGUGGCUAUUGCGGCCUUCUCUGUCGCUGUCUGUGAUCAACGCUCGCCACGAUGCUGUGGCGUGCUUCAUGAGACCCGAGAACGUCACAAGUGCCAAUGUGUUGAAAAAUCAUUUGAAAGGACUGAGAAACCUCCCUCGAAUGUUGACUCUCUUGAGAUCUGGUCGAGCCAAACUUGGAGCAUGGCAAGGACUCAUCAAGUUCACGGUCUGUUGUGCAUUGCUCAGGGAGACCCUCGGAGAUUUGCAUGAAGCAGCUGGUCUCCAUGUCGUUAGAAAGCUCAAUUCAUCGCUGGAUAUCGCCAGCUUUAGGGAUGUCGGCACCAGGAUCAAUGAAAUCAUCGACUGGGAAGAGUCAAUUGAAGCUCAAAGGGUUUGUGUGAGACCCCAUAUAGACGAAGAGCUAGACAAUAGAAAACAUGUUUAUCACGGGAUCGCCUCAGUCUUGUCAAAGGUGGCAGAGCAGAUAUCCCAAACGGUCCCAGAGGAUUAUGCAACAACUCUGAACGUCGUUUAUUUUCCUCAACUUGGUUUUCUCAUCUGCGUUCCCUUGCGGGAAGAAUGGCAGUCAGAAGAAGACAUCAAAACGAUGAAUGGGUGGACUUUCCAGUUUUCCUCUGAAUCGCAAGUCUAUUUCAAAUCGCAGGAAAUGCACGACAUGGAUUCACAUAUCGGUGAUCUGCACUCUUUGAUCGUGGACCGGGAAAUCGAGAUCGUACAGGAUCUGCUUGAAGAGGUACUGGUCCACGAUGAAACGAUACGUCGUGUCUGUGAUGUUUGCGCCGAGCUUGAUUGCUUGCUUGCAUUCGCGGAUGUGUCAAGCGCGUACGAGUAUCGAAGACCGAUCAUGGUCGAGGAAAAUAUGAUAGAGAUUGUGCAAGGCAGGCAUCCUCUUCAAGAGAUGGUAGUCGAUACUUUCGUGCCUAACGACGCUCGACUUCGUGGUGGUUCUUGGAGACCCGAAGAGCUCGAAGCUGUAGCGGAGCGGUGGAAUAACGUGGUGAUAUGCACAGGAGCGAACGCUUGCGGCAAGGUGAGGGAUAGAGAAUGGCAACACUUGACCAAUGGGCUGAAACUCAAGACUUCAGAGCGUUUAUUUAAAAUCAAUGGCGCUGGCCUUCUCUGUGGUGUACUCAAGCACCUUCUGGACAGAGGCCCAAGUUGCCCCAAAGUUCUAGUUGCUACUCAUUUCCAUGAUAUCUUCAGGGAAGGACUCCUCGACCCAUGUUCGAUGCCUAUAACUUUUUUGCACAUGCAAGUGAUGUUCGCAACGCAUCGUAAAUCAAACAACGGAGGCUCCGACGUUCAUUAUGGAGGACAUGAUGACUUACUUGUGACUGGUACCACUCAAGAGGACGACCGUCCGCAGGCCGUAACGGGAGAGGAAAUCAUCUUUUUGUACAAGGCUGCAGAGGGCUUAUCGUUAGAGUCGCACGCCGCUAAGUGUGCCGAAAUCUGCGGAGUUCCUACUCGGAUCAUCCAGAGGGCGCAGCAUGUCAGCGAAAUGUUAUCGAAUCACGAGAUCACUCAGCUUCUAGACGAAGAAAUGACCGACAGCGAAAGACUAGACUUAGAGAAUGCGGAAGACAUCUGUCGUCGGUUCCUUGCUUGGAACAUCCAGGAAGACGACGGGGAGAAUGUCAAGAACAAACUAGGGCUUGUACUAGGAAGGCUGGACGAAUAA